GGAGUAUGAGGCCUUGUGAAUUAUUCUAGUUGCACUGUAUCUCUUUCCAGGAACUAGCCUGUACUUGGCGCCUGUGCUUGGCACUGCAGUCUCUCUUGCUCUGACCACACCUUUCUCCCAGUAGUCAGGAUCCUUCUGGUCCCUUGGCUGAAGUCUUUGUUCUGCAACAUCUGAUGUGUUUGUGCCUCACCCUUGCCCUGCCUUUUCAGGCUGUGCACGAAACCAUCCUAAAUAACAAAUUCCUCAUUGUGCGGACCAAGGAGCUGAUGUGGAGAAGGGAAGAUAGCCAGCGAUUUUACCAGGAGCACUCAGGGCGAUUUUUCUAUCAGAGGCUGGUGGAGUUCAUGGCCAGUGGCCCAAUGCGGGCUUAUAUCCUAGCCCAUGAAGAUGCUGUUGCACGCUGGAGGUCUCUCAUGGGACCCACCAAAGUGUACCGAGCCCGAAACACAGCUCCAGACUCCAUCCGAGGAGCCUAUGGCCUCACUGACACGAGGAACACCACACAUGGCUCAGACUCGGUGGCAUCGGCCCGUAGAGAAAUUGCCACCUUCUUCCCAGAGUUCAGCGAGAGUCUCUGGUACCAGCAGGAUGAACCACAUCUGCGCUGCGGCCUGGCACACUACGAUGCAGGGGAGCGUGUUCACAGCCUACCCAAGGCUGGCAGGACAGAGUCAUCCUAGAGCAGUGGGGGAAACUUACCAUUGACUAACCCCCUUGGAGAUGGGGAGGGGGCAUUGCCUUUCAUGCAGAAAGUGCUGCUAGCAGCACCAGCUGGACUAUCCCUGUAACAAGGACAGGGAGCUAUGUAAUGUCUGUUACAGUGGGCGAAUACCAGAUGCAAUACACAUUACACCACGCUCUGGGGGAGUGUCUCACUUACCUCUGGCUGCACGUGUAGCACCUAGAUAGCAUGGAUGCUACAGACAAACCUCAGAUACCAGCUGGAAUCCAUUGAACUCCAGCAUGGCAGAGGAACCCCAGCCUGCAAUUCACCAGCACUGUGUGCGCUCACAUAUAAGCUGGGUGCAGUGGGCUACCCCCACAGGGCACAGUGCUGUGUGCAGGGGUGAGAGCACAGGUGUCAGUGAUGAGGAUGAGUGUGGAAUAUCUCUGUGAAGCGCAAAGCCAAUCCCACUGCCUUGCCCACAUGCAGUGUGGAUGUUCAUUACCAGCGACAAUCUUCCUUGCUUAUCUUGUGCUUUUGUCUGUAAAGCAUUUCUCCAACACAGCCAUGGUGUGCUGCAGUAAUAAAGCUUUCUUUGCUGCAGGCAUAUUCAUUGACAGAGCUUGCUGAGGACAGAGUGGAUCAGCUGGCAUGGCCGAGCCACAUCUCAGAGAUACCUCUGUGUUACGUGGGAGACACAACUUCACCUCUAGGGUGCUGGUUUCAGCCUAAGCCCAGGGUGGUGGGAUGCAACGAAUCAGGGUAAGAGCCUGUGGUUGAGCUCACUGACCUUCGAGCACCCCCUAGCAUCAGUGGCACUAUCUUUAGCUUCAGCAGUUCUUACUGCCCACCUGCCUAUGGCUCUGCUCUUAUGUGUCUCAACCCUCCACCCAAGUCACCUAAGGUCAGACCCCUUCUGGGGUAUCAUGAACAAGUCCAAACAAAAUUGAAUAGUUCUUCUGCCCUCUUGGGCUACUGAAAUCAUCUCUUCUCUACUUAAAGACCCUAUCUGGGGGCUUCCCUUGCAGGAGCCUAUGCUUCCCCUGUAGCCCACUACCCCCAUUCUCUGUCUGUGUACCCUAACCCGCCGCUUCUCUCAGAAAGACCUGUCUCCUCUGCUCUUUCUCCCUCAAUUGAGCUCCCUCAGUCUACUUUAUUAUGGCUUAACUCUGCACCCUGUGACCAGGAGCCAGUUAGCUAUCCACCUCCCUGGGUGUAAAGCAUGACAAAUUGGGUACAUUCACUAGCCUUGCAUAUGAUGGGGAUGAAGCCCCAUCACAGAGCCUUUAUCCUCUAGUGGAUGCUGGCUCCAAUCCAGCCCCAUGUCAGGGGACUGGUGGGAAUGGAAAACUUACCUUACAAGAAGAGACUCGAGGAUCUUGGCUUGUUUAGCCUGACCAGACAAAGGCUGAGGGGAGAUAUGAGUGCUCUCUGGAAAUACAUCAGAGGGAUAAAUAUCAGGGAGGGAGAGGAGUUAUUUAAGUUAAGCGCCAAUGUGGAUCCAAGAACAAAUGGCUGUAAACUGGCCAUCAACAAGUUUAGGCUUGAAGUUAGGUGAAGGUUUCUAACCAUCAGAGGAAUGACGUUCUGGAAC